UGUUCCUGACGCUUUCGUUUCAUUGCCUCCCUGCCCCCUCUCACAACCACGACUCUUGCUACACCUUCAGCGACAGCAUCCUGCUUGACGAGAAUAAUCUGAGUGCUACACAGCCCAGCUCAGCCUCGAGUUUCUGAAGAGCAAUUGACACUUUCACACCACAAUGGCCGCCAAGUCAAUUCUGGAGGCAGAUGGCAAGGCCAUUCUGAACUACCACCUUACUCGCGCCCCUGUCAUCAAGCCAACUCCUCUACCACCCCAGUCAACGCACAACCCUCCAGCCAAGCUUGCCACCAUCACUUUUCAGGACGGCGACGACAUUCAGGGCGUACUCGACGCUACCGAGGCCAAAUAUCCAUUUCUCCUUGUCCCAGGCUCGAAAUUCGUCGCAAAGCCAGAUCAGCUCAUCAAGCGAAGAGGCAAGUCUGGUCUUUUGAAGCUGAACGCGACAUGGCAGGAGGCGAGAGAUUGGAUCGCCUCGCGCGCAAACAAGCUGCAAAAGGUCGAGCACGUUGAGGGUUACCUGAGAAACUUCCUCGUCGAGCCUUUCGUGCCACAUCCUCAGGAGACUGAGUACUACAUCAACAUCAACUCUGUCCGUGAGGGUGACUGGAUUCUCUUCUACCACGAGGGCGGCGUCGACGUUGGUGAUGUUGACGAGAAGGCUGAGAAGCUUCUUAUCCCUGUCGACCUUGCACAGUACCCGAGCAACGAGGAGAUUGCACGCGGCCUGCUCUCGAAGGUGCCCAAGGGUGUGCAUCCAGUGCUGAUCGACUUCAUCUCUCGUCUGUACGCCGUCUACGUCGACUGCCAGUUCACCUACCUCGAAAUCAACCCGCUCGUCGUCAUUCCGAACGCACAAGGUACCUCCGCCGACGUACACUUCCUCGAUCUUGCCGCCAAGAUUGACCAGACUGCCGAGUUCGAAUGCGGUGUGAAGUGGGCUAUUGCCCGAGCUCCAGCAGCUCUGGGCAUGCCCAACGCUGCAUCCGCUGGUUCCAAGGUCACCAUCGACGCCGGCCCACCACUCGAGUUCCCAGCUCCUUUCGGUCGUGAGAUGAGCAAGGAGGAGGCAUACAUUGCAGAGAUGGACGCAAAGACUGGUGCUUCGCUCAAGCUCACAAUCCUUAACGCAACUGGACGUGUGUGGACAUUGGUUGCUGGUGGUGGUGCUUCCGUCGUCUACGCCGAUGCAAUCGCUUCUGCAGGCUACGCCGGCGAGCUUGCCAACUACGGAGAGUACUCUGGCGCCCCAACCGAGACACAGACCUUCCACUACGCACGAACAGUCCUCGACCUCAUGCUGCGAGCACCACAACAUCCAGAUGGCAAGGUUCUUUUCAUUGGUGGUGGUAUUGCAAACUUCACCAACGUCGCUUCCACUUUCAAGGGUGUCAUCCGAGCUCUCCGCGAAGUCGCGCCUCUUCUCAACGAGCACAAGGUCCAGAUUUGGGUCCGUCGUGCUGGUCCAAACUACCAGGAAGGUCUCAAGAACAUCAAGGCAGUUGGCAAGGAGCUCGACCUUAGCAUGCACGUUUUCGGCCCCGAAAUGCAUGUCUCUGGUAUCGUCCCUCUCGCGCUUGUGCCCGGCAAGAUGAACGACAGCAUCAAGGAAUUCGGCUCAUAGACGCAUGACUAUUCGGAAUGGACGAGGAUACAGUCCCUCCUCGAGGUGUUCAGGAGAACUAGUCUUUGUUUGUGAUCAAAAGAGCUCUUCGGCGUGGGAAUUGACGAGGCAUGAAGCAAUGCGCCGAUUGCUAUGCGGCUAUGAUUAGCAUUUGCGAGGGCGUGUAUAGAUAGAUAUGUUUGCGGAUAUCCAAUGCUUUGAAUGCUGUCCCAUUGUAAUCGCAUAGCCCGUUUGUGAUCACUUG